UCUUUCAAUCUCCCACAAAACAAAACUCCCCUCUUCACCAGAAAUGGAAAAAUGGAAAAACUCCCAAAACCUUUUCUCUCUCCUCUUUCUCUCACUAUCUUAGUCUUUCUUCUCCCUCUAUCUCCGCCGCUUCGUCUGCAAUCUUAGACACCACUUUUCACUUUCUCUCUCUAAAAUUCACAUUUUGAUCACCCCCCUCCAAAAAUCACUACCAUCACUUUCUUUCUCCUUCUUUCUCGAGAAAAUGGCAAAACCUCAUCUGGGUUCCAUGCUUUUCUCUCUCUUCUCCCUCCUCUCUUUCCUCGUCUCGGUUCAGUCUCAGUCCAGCUCAACCGACGCUUCAGUAAUGCAGGACCUGAAAACCAGCCUCAACCCACCGAGUUCACUCGGCUGGACCGACUCGAACCCCUGCAAUUGGCAACACGUAGUUUGCUCCAACGACGGCCGAAUCACCCGGAUCCAAAUCGGGCAUCAAAACCUCCAAGGCUCUCUCCCUCCCUCAAUCAACAAACUCACUGCCUUACUGAGAUUCGAGGUCAUGUCCAACCAACUCACUGGUUCGCUCCCGAGUUUCGCCGGGUUGAACUCGCUCCAGUAUCUCUUGCUCAACGACAACAACUUCUCUUCCAUUCCCUCCGAUUUCCUUUCCGGCUUAACCUCUCUCCAACAGGUAUUUCUCGAUAAAAAUCCCUUUUCGGCUUGGCAAAUUCCGGUAACUUUCCGAGACGCCUCAACUCUCCAAGUCUUCUCGGCCGUUUCCGCUAACAUCACCGGAAAAAUCCCCGAUUUUCUCGGCGGCGACACCUUCUCGAGCCUCACGACUCUUCACUUGUCUUUCAAUUACCUCGAGGGUGAGCUUCCUGCGAGCUUUUCGGGUUCUCCGAUUCAGUCUCUGUGGCUAAAUGGGCAGAUGAGUAGUUCUAAGCUCAAUGGCUCAAUUGCUGUGAUUCAGAACAUGACUCAAUUAACCGAAGUUUGGUUACAAUCCAAUUCCUUUUCGGGCCCUUUACCGGACCUUUCGGGCCUUACCAUGUUGCAGAAUUUCAGUGUGAGAGACUGUGCGGUUACGGGUCCGGUACCAGAUUCUUUUGUGAAUCUUCCAUCGCUUAGGGUUGUGAAUUUGACAAACAAUCAAUUGCAAGGUCCAACCCCGAAAUUUCCCCCUUCUGUUGGGGUUGAUUUGAUUCCUGGAACAAAUAGCUUCUGCUUAUCUGAUCCCGGAGUUCCGUGCGAUCCCCGAGUGAAUACAUUGCUUUUGACUGCGCAAUCUGUUGGUUACCCGACUGUUUUUGCGGCGAAUUGGAAAGGUAAUGAUCCCUGUGCAGGGUGGUUGGGGAUCAGUUGUAGUAAUGAAAACAUUACUGUUGUUAAUUUUCAGAAAAUGGGUCUUACGGGUACGAUUUCUCCGAAUUUCUCUUCGAUUACUUCGUUGCAGAUACUGAUUCUUGCUAAUAAUAAUUUGACGGGUACUAUCCCAAAUGAGCUUACAACUUUGCCUAAUCUUAAACAAUUAGAUGUUUCCAACAAUCAGCUUUAUGGGAAAAUUCCAUUGUUUAAGAGUAAUGUGCUUGUAAAAACUGAUGGCAAUCCUGAUAUUGGGAAGGAUAGUGGUGGUCCGGCUCCGGGGACACCUGGAACCCAAACACCCCCAGGGAGUACACCUAGGAGUACACCUAGUACACCCUCGGAUAAUGGUACAAAGACUUCGGGAAACAGUGGCAAUAAGUCUUCGACUGGUGUGGUUGUUGGUUCGGUGAUUGGUGGUGUUUGUGUGGUUUUUGCUUUUGGGGUUGGAUUGUUCUGUGUUUACAGGGCAAAACGAAAGCAUUCUGGUAGGGUGCAGAGUCCCAAUGCCAUGGUGGUUCAUCCUCGCUUUUCAGGAUCGGACCAUGAUGCCAUUAAGAUUACUAUCGCUAAUUCAGGUGUUAAUGGCGGGACAACAAGUGAAACAUUUAGUCAUGGAAGUAGUGGACCUAGUGACAUUCAUGUUAUUGAAUCUGGAAGCAUGGUGAUCUCGAUUCAAGUUUUGAAGAACGUGACUAACAAUUUUAGUGAAGAGAAUAUAUUGGGAAGAGGUGGAUUCGGAACUGUUUACAAAGGGGAGUUGCACGAUGGGACCAAGAUUGCGGUUAAGAGGAUGGAGUCAGGAGUGAUAACUGAGAAGGGUUUGGAUGAGUUCAAGUCUGAGAUAGCUGUGCUUACGAAGGUCCGACAUCGGCAUUUGGUUGAUCUUCUUGGAUAUUGCUUGGAUGGAAACGAGAGGCUAAUAGUUUAUGAGUACAUGCCUCAAGGGACUCUUAGUAGGUUCUUGUUUAACUGGAAGGAGGAAGGGUUGAAACCCCUUGAGUGGUCUAAGAGGCUGACCAUUGCUCUUGAUGUGGCCAGAGGUGUUGAGUACUUGCAUGGUUUAGCCCAUCAAAGUUUUAUUCAUAGGGAUCUUAAACCAUCCAACAUUCUUCUAGGAGAUGAUAUGCGUGCUAAAGUAGCGGAUUUUGGACUUGUUCGUCUUGCUCCAGAUGGGAAAGCUUCAGUUGUAACAAAGCUAGCAGGAACUUUUGGGUAUCUUGCACCAGAAUAUGCAGUGACGGGGCGAGUAACAACCAAGAUUGACGUGUUCAGCUUCGGAGUGAUUUUAAUGGAGUUGAUUACGGGAAGAAAAGCACUAGACGAGACUCAGCCAGAGGAGAGUGUUCAUCUUGUCACAUGGUUCCGAAGAAUGCAUAACAACAAGGACACAUUCCACAAGGCCAUCGACCAAACAAUUGAGCUCGAUGAAGAAACGCUCGCCAGUGUCAGCACCGUUGCUGAACUGGCUGGACACUGCUGUGGAAGAGAGCCCUUACAAAGGCCUGACAUGAGUCAUGUAGUCAAUGUGCUUUCAUCUCUGGCUGAACUCUGGAAACCAUCGGACCCUGAUUCUGAGGACAUAUACGCAAUCGACUUCGAUAUGACGUUACCGCAGGCACUCAAGAAAUGGCAAGCGCUUGAGGGCAUGAGUGGCAUCGACGGUUCUUCAUCUUCUUUCCUUACCAGUGGUGACAAUACCCAAACCAGUAUACCCACUAGGCCAUCUGGCUUUGCGGAUUCAUUUACGUCUGCAGAUGGGCGGUGAGAAAUUGAGAAUAGCUGAAGUAGCAAGACUGCCAGAGGCUAGUGUUGUUGUGAUUGAUGGCUCUUGCGAGGUUCGGUUUGUUCAUUCCUUUGCUCUGCUUCCUUUCUUGUCACCUUGUUUGCUCUUGUAAGGUUUGCUCUCUUUUUUUUUUUCCUUUUGGUAGUUUGCUUAACUUUUUGCGUUGGUUCAAAGUUUGAACUGCCAUAUACUUAUUUAUAUUCCCAGAAGUCUUGGAAAUGCGAAGAGAAAUUAUCAGAAGAUAUGUGAUCUGGCUUUAGUGAAAAUCAUAUUCUUAUUCACGAAGUUUGGUAGGUUUUGAUUGAAUGAAUACAUUUGAGCAUGACUAGAAUGUUGUUGAUGAUCCUAGUGUGUAAUUUGUGGUAUCUAACAGAGCAAUGUAUAUAUCCAUUUUAGCUUAUGCUUAUAUCUAUUACACUUGAGCAUGAUGCUCUUCAUAUGA